AUGAGCAUCAAUGCCAAUUCUAGAAUCAUUAUCGAAGCAUGUGGGGCAUGCAAAUUUUUGCAAAAGAGGUGCUUAGAUGACUGCAUAUUUGCACCUUAUUUCGAUUCCAACGAAGGAACUGCAAAUUUCGAGUCCGUUCAUAGGAUUUUCGGAGCCAACAACAUUUGCAAGCUUCUAACGAAUAUGCCGAUCGAAAAAAGAGCCGAUGUUGUUUUCACUUUAUGUUUGGAGGCUCGUGCUCGUCUUCAAGAUCCUAUCUAUGGUUGUAUAUCUGAGAUCUAUACUCUCCAAAAUCAGGUCAUAACUCUAGAAGCUGAGCUUUCGUCCUUGCAAGCCCAAGUAGACACGCAGCAGUCACCUCUGGAUGAGUUUGAUUCAAAUAUUGGAUCAUCUCAGCAGGCAGCCGAUCAGAGAACUUUCACCGGAGCUCCGGUGGACGGUGGCGAUGGGGAAGAGUUUGCUCGGGAGUUCCCUAUUCCCUAA